UCUUCGAAUAAUCCAGGCUGGCUCGCUGUACAGACGUCAGUUUGCUAGACAUAUACGUUUCCCAGCAGAGUGUGGCGGCUGACUAUUUCCUCCCGCCGUCUGGUUGCCUCGAGAGCUAGCGAGAGAGCCACAGGGCCACACACAGGGCCACACAGGGCCACACCCUCCGAGGAAACACCAGAGGGACGGCACUCGCAGGGGGGGAAUAUCGUGGCAGCGGUUGCGAGCGCGAGUCCUCCCUAUUGAUCCCCGGACCGCCGCCUCCAUCUUCCAGUGCAGCAGGAGACCGCUGGACACAAGCAUGGACUCGUAACCGACCUCCCUGGAAAACCACUUAUCUAACUCUCGGAUCAACUCCUCUCCUUCUCCCACGCCAAGCAGACGGGUCAACAUGCGGCUCAGACGAGGUGCCGAGCCCGAGGGCACAGUCCCGGCGGAGGAACCAGAGCCAGAAAUCGUUUCUGAGGAACCCGAACUUGAACCGACGUUGACUGUUACCGAAGCGGGUCGUAAAGAGGUUGCUCAUACGGGGAUAAGUGUAACCGAAGCUGCUGUUCCCGAGGCCGAGGAUGUCAGCACGAGCGCCCCAACGCAGUCCACGGCGGAGAUGAUGGAGGAGCAGGCGGAGAUUAUCGCCGAGAAGAUGGGGAUGCCCGUCGAGGGACUCAUAGCCAUUCUCGUUGGUGUCGCUCUGCUGAUCCUUGGCAUCUGCUUCUGCUGUAUCCGGCGAUGCUUCAAGAAACGCCGCACAAAGAAAGGCAAGGAUGGCAAAGGAGGAGACAUGAAGUCGGUGCAACUUCUUGGAUCCGCCUACAAGGAGAAGGCCGAUAUGGAGGAACUCACAGAAAACGCCGAGGACAUUGCAGAGGAAGGCGAGAGCAAGAAGAGUGAAGAGAAACUCGGACGCCUAAACUUUAAGCUUGAGUAUGACUUCAACUCCAACAGUCUAAGUGUGACCGUCAUACAGUGUGAGGAGUUGCCAGCACUGGACAUGGGUGGUACGAGUGAUCCCUAUGUUAAAGUCUACCUGCUGCCAGACAAGAAGAAAAAGUUUGAGACGAAAGUUCACCGAAAAACGCUGAACCCUGUCUUCAAUGAGACCUUCACGUUCAAGCAGGUCCCCUAUGCUGACAUUAUGUCCAAGACGCUGGUGUUCGGCAUCUACGAUUUCGACAGAUUCUCCAAGCAUGACCAGAUCGGCGAGGUCAAGAUACCGCUGUGUCAGGUCGAUCUUGCGCAGACCAUCGAGGAGUGGCGGGACCUUCUGUCUGUAGAAGGCGAUGGGGGCCAGGAAAACAAGCUCGGAGAUAUCUGCUUCUCUCUACGCUACGUCCCAACGGCAGGCAAGCUCACCGUGGUUAUUCUAGAAGCCAAGAACCUCAAGAAGAUGGACGUCGGUGGUUUAUCAGAUCCAUACGUGAAGAUUUGUCUCAUCCAGAACGGCAAACGACUCAAGAAGAAGAAAACCAGUAUUAAGAAAUGCACUCUCAACCCUUACUAUAACGAGUCUUUCUCCUUUGAAAUUCCUUUCGAACAGAUCCAGAAAGUCAACUUGCAAGUAACCGUAGUGGACUACGAUCGCAUUGGCACCUCAGAACCCAUUGGCCGGUGUGUGUUAGGCAUGAAUGCUUCGGGCACGGAACUGCGCCACUGGUCGGACAUGCUGGCAUCGCCCAGGAGGCCCAUCGCCCAGUGGCACACCUUGAAGGACCCUGAGGAGGCCGAUGCCAUCCUUAACCUUAAGUAAAAAGGUCAGUCUCCUCCAUUCUGAAGAGCGCAAGAUGACCCUCCAACCUUCCGCCACGAUUUCCAAAGCGAUGAGAUGAGAAUCCAAGAAGUUACGACCAAAGCGUCUAGUCAGUAGUUGUGCGAACCUUACACGAUGCUUCAGAUAAACAGGAUAAUUUACCUUUCAAUCAGUGUAAAAAUGAAGAAACUCAGAAUGCCGCUUUUAUUAUCAUCAAAUGAGGAUAAGCAUCUCUUCUUCUUCUUUUUGUUGUUGUAUUUCUUCUUUCUGAAAUGCAUGAAAACAUCACAUACAUCUGAAUAAAAUAGGUAGCUAGGAUUUUCAUUCUAACGUGCAGCCGAUUUCUUCAAAGCAUGAGGCGAGGAAGCAUCAUUUAGAAAGGUUGGUACGUCGAGAUGGCAAGUGGUCAUCUUCACAAAGUACAGUGAUUCAGGAUAUAUAUAGUAAUAGUAAGCGGAACAUAAAUGUAUGUGCAUAUAUACAUACAUUCAUAUUUAUAUGUGUAUACUCACUGGGGUGUGACAAUGCAGCUGUCUUGCGAUAUAUCUAAAAAAAAAAAAAAAAAAAAAAAAAAAAAAAAGGUCA